UUCUAGUUUCCAAUUAUUUAUGAAUAACUUUGUCACUGCAGUAAACUCUUUAAAAAACUUAAAAUUAGACGACCUUUCAGAUUUCAUAUUGCUACAACUCGCUUUGAAAAAGUUCGACCGAGACACUAUACGUGCGUUCGAAAUGACGGAGCGUAAUAACAAAAUACCUACACUCGAUAGUUUCAUUUCUUUUAUAAGAGAUCAGUCUCGAAUAUUUCUUAAUACACAAAAUAUUUCAUAUAAUAUUUCAUCUCGUAAUAUCGGUAAACAUAGUUCGAAUAAACUACGAGGCGGUAAUUCCGCUCCAAAUCCGCAGUCGUACGUAACAUGUUCAGAAUCUAUCAAUAAUAAUAAUAGUUUACUUAAAUGUAUGUGCAACAACAUUGUGCACGAUCACUUUUUUAAAUGUCCCGCUUUUAAUAACUUGACUCCGACCGCUCGAUUUAAAUAUGUUAAGGAUAAUGAAGCUUGUGUUAAUUGUUUAAGUUUAAAACAUAAGAUAAGCAAUUGUUCAAGCACAUCCAAGUGUCGUGUGUGUAACCAGCGUCACCAUACAUUACUGCAUUUUAAUAAAAAUUCGCCGCGCAACAUAAAUAACAAUCCAGUUUCUAGCGGUCAAGGUCAUCGCGAUAACGCUGCACCCGGGUGCACUGCGCCUAGUGAUAGAAAUUCCCAGCCGGAAGUAUCUUUGUGUAGCACAUUCGUCGCGCUGCCGGCGCGCACGCACGUGACCGCGCGGCAGACCACAAACAGUACUAUACUUCUAGCCACCGCGCAAGCUAUUGUUUACGAUACGAGUGGAUCACCGAUAAUCGUGCGUUGUUUACUAGAUAGCGCGUCGCAAAGUAGUUUUAUUACUUCCCAUUGUUUCCGACGUCUCGGACUAUGGAAUAAAAUGAAAAAUUGUAAUUUAAUAGUUACAGGAAUCGGUGGCUCGGAAAAACCGUGUAAGGGUUCCGUAGAUAUUAGAAUAUAUUCGCGCCUUAAUAAUAAUAUUAAUUUUAAUGUUUCCUCGCUUAUAGUGGAUAGUAUUACGGACAUGUUGCCGAACGCUCAUGUGGACGUAUCCGCACUUACUCAUCUCGAGAAAUUGCCUCUCGCAGAUUUAGAUUUUGCGCUUCCGGGUAAUAUCGAUAUUUUGAUCGGAGCUGCAGUAUUCCCGCACUUACUGCUACCUAACAUAGUACGCAGUGAGCAAGAUAAUUUACCUCCCGCUAUUGAGACGGUUUUCGGUUAUGUGAUUAUGGGCGCCGUGCCUACGUCACAUAGUUCUCGUUAUACUACGUCUUGCUGUUCUGUUCUUCAAGAAAAUAACAUUAAUUCUCUCGUAAAGCGAUUUUGGGAGCUUGAAGAGAUUUCCGCGCCGCCCUCGAUGAGUCAUAAGGACCUCGAGUGUGAAGAACAUUUCCGCGCUACUACUGUUCGCGAUAACAGUGGUAGGUAUAUAGUCGCGUUACCAUUUUGUGGUGACCCUUAUUCGCUAGGCGAUUCGUACGCCGUCGCUCUCAGACGUUUUCAUUGUUUAGAACGAAAACUGAAUUCGUCACCUAACUUACGCCGCGCUUAUAAUGACGUUAUUCGUGACUACAUCGAUAAAUAUUUUUUGAGCCCAGUUGUGAGUGAUAACGCUGACUGCGUUCCCGCAUAUUAUAUUCCGCAUCACGGUGUAGUUCGCGAAGAUAAAAUUUCCACUAAACUCCGCGUAGUUUUAGACGCUAGCUGUCGGACUACAUCGGGCCAGUCUAUCAAUGAUAUUUUGCAUACUGGACCGAAUCUACAGGGUGAUUUAUUUAACAUAAUAAUAAAUUUUCGUCUUUUCAAAAUUGCUUUGUCAGCUGAUUGUCGACAAAUGUUUCUUAAUAUAGGCGUUCACGAAUCUGACCGUAGAUUCCAGCGUAUAUUUUACCGCUUUAGUAAUGAUGAACCUAUAACGGUUUACCAAUUUAACCGCGUUUGUUUCGGACUUAGGUCCAGUCCAUAUCACGCCUUACGAGUUGUGCGUCAACUGAUUGCUGAUGAAGGCGAUGAUUUUCCCGCUGCUGCGUUAGCAGCUUCUAAGUCUUUAUUUAUGGACGAUAUCGUUUGUAGCGUUAUAGACACUCCGCGCGCAAUUUCGCUUUGUGAAGAGCUUAUUCAGCUUUUCAAGCGAGGCCAAUUUGAUCUUGUCAAAUGGACGAGUAAUUCAAAGGAGGUUCUCGCACACUUAUCUGAUUCUCAUAAGGCUUCACCGGACAUUGAGUUCGAUAAGUCCAUUCCGCAUAAGGUCCUUGGCUUGCGCUGGGACAGAUCGCAAGAUAGUUUUCGCUUUGACGUCGCACUGCCUGAUGCGAAGUGUACCAAACGCAUAAUGCUGUCCACAAUAGCUCGACUUUGGGACAUAAUGGGUUUUGUGGCUCCCACCAUUUUGUACGCCAAGCUCUUGAUAAAAGAGCUUUGGUUGGCAAAGUGUGAGUGGGAUGACGCACCUCCUAAACAUAUAGUCGCAGCCUGGAAGCAGUUUUGCAGCGAGCUUCCCAAGCUCAAUCAAAUUAUUAUACCGCGUCACUUAGGAUUAGUGGAUGGAUGCAGUGUUAAUUUAAUAGGUUUCGCUGACGCUAGCGAAAGCGCUUACGGCGGAGUAGUGUAUAUGCAAGUCCGCAAUGGCUGUAACUAUUCUGUGCAAUUAGUUUGUGCCAAGUCUAAAGUCUCGCCAGUCAAAACCAUUUCGAUUGCAAGACUUGAAUUGUGUGCAGCCCUUCUGCUGUCACAAUUGCUUCGCAAGGUCAAGGACACAGUUUCAGCCCACUACCCCAUUAAUAAUAUUUUCGCUUUCACUGACUCCAAGAUAGUACUUGCUUGGAUUUAUUCUUCUCCGCAUCGCUGGCAGACUUUUGUCGCCAAUCGCAUUACCAAACUUAUAGAGUUUGUUUCCCCCACUUGUUUUAAUCACGUCCCGGGUAUUGAAAACCCCGCUGACUGCCUGUCUCGUGGAAUCCCUCCAAUGGCCCUUCUCGAUCAUCCCUUAUGGAAACGUGGUCCACCCUGGAUUAGCCAUGAUCCGUCAGAGUGGCCCAUUGAACCCUAUAGAGAGAAUACAGAAGUUGAGGACGUACCCGAGCAAAAAAUUGUCUCUCAUCCUGUGGUCGUUGAUAUUUCGUCCGCGUCCAACUUAUCCUCUUAUGGCAGACCUUCCUAG